AUGGCAGAGAAGGGCUUGUGCUCCUGGAUGACUGGAGGGGCUGGCUCUCGCCUGUGCGGCUUUGUGGUGAAUUCCCCUGUGGUCCAAUGGGUCAACGACAAGCUUCUCAAUUUGCCCUUCGCAUCUCAAGUUACUCAUCAGCUCGCCACAAAAGCUGCUGGGGCUUUGGGACCUGUGGCAGAGGUUGUGGUGGGAGCACUCACGGCGGUUGCAAAGGUGGUGAGCACUGCUGGAGAUAUCAUCAACGCUUGCAAGAAUGCAGCUGUGAAUGUUGCUCAUACCGUUCUCCACUGGUUUGGGUGGAUGGACAGGAGUGUCUUUGCAACCAUCACUGGUGAGCGAGGUCGUCUUUCAUUGCCACCUACUGAACUCAAAGAGACAGCUGAAGGUGUGCUUGUUUGA